AUGAAAAAUUUUAUCGUUAAAGAGUGGGCUGAGCUCAUUUCAGACCCUAUUAUUUUUAAUGAUCAGUCUUGUCAAGUUUUUGAACAUGUUAACUUGCCCAAGGUAAAAGAUGAGCUUUCAGUAACAUUACGACUAAAAAUUCAAAAGCUUACAUCAUGUUGGGCUACUAUUUUACACAAAGGUACCAAAAGUUCAGUCCGUACGCUUAGGCUCGAGUUGAUGCCAAACAAAUUCUCAUUGCUUGCCCGUUUCACAGGCAACUGGACUGAUAAUGCAGGAAUUCACGAUAUUGGCGACGAACUUUUGUUAGAUAGAUGGUACUAUGUGGCUUAUACGCUUUCUGAUUCUGAAAAGAGAGCAGAUCUCUAUGUAGACAGUGAAUGGGUCGGAUCCUAUAGUAUCCAUAAGAUUAAAAAGCAAAAAAUUGUCUUUAAUGAUGCACCGCUGUAUAUCGGACGUUCUUACAACGAAGCUGAUGGAUUUAAUGGCAAAAUCAGCAAUGUUCGUUAUUUCAACUGGCGUUUAUGUGCCGAAGAAGUGAAGGAACAUUUUUUUAAUAAUAAAAUUGCAUAUGACUCUAAGGUCGCUCUUGUUCAUGUACCCACCGGAAAAUAUUUGUCUACUAAAGGAAUCAAAUAUGACUCGGAUAAAUGCGACCCGCAAUAUAUGGUCGUUGGUAAUGGGUGGGAAAUAGAUUUGAAUAAUGAUGUGUUUACUGUUAUUGAAGCUUUUGAUACAAGUGUGAGUGCGGGAAGUUCCGUGCCUUUUAAUACUUUAGUUGGAUUUAAGCAUCAAGCAACUGGAGGAAUUUUACAUUCUCAUACCAUGUAUUAUGGAAGCACACCACUAAUGAAGCAUCAGCAGGUUACCAUCUGGCCUAAAAGAAAUAAUGACGAUGACUGGCUCAUUCGACGUUAUAACUCAAAAGAAGACUCAAGUUAUUUAUCGGAUGGUGAUAUAAUCAUCCUAAUCCAUGAUAAAUCCAAUAAGACAGCACUUUAUAGUCAUCCCAUGUUAUUUGGUGAUGGAACCCAAGAAGUUUCUUAUCAUGGAAAUGGAAAUGACGAAAAUAAUAAGGUUAAAUCCGUAAUGAAUGGCUCCAGAAAUUUUUUGCCAAUUGGAUCUGCAACAAACUUUAAAAAUGUAAAAUACUUGAAGCCAACGGAAUUAAGUGUAAGAGGACAACGCUCAACUUCCUUAGCUGUUAGAAUUUCAAUAGUUGAAGUAGUUAUCUGUUUAUCAGAAAUUAACCAAAUGAUUACGAAAUUUACGAGUGAAUCUGAUUUUUAUCUUUUAAAAACCUUCAAUGAAUCUUCUAUAAAGUUAAUCGAUAAUCGAAAGAAUGAUGUUGGGAAAACCAUGACAAAAAAGUUUUACUGA